AUGGCCGAAUCAGAAACACAAGGCGCAGAUUACGAAGCCGAGCAUGUGCACUCCGUGUACGAAGAGAUAGCUUCACAUUUCUCUUCCACUCGCUAUAAGCCAUGGCCUAUAGUCGAGCGUUUCUUGCAAGAACAGAGAGAUGGAGCAGUCGGUGCGGAUGUGGGAUGUGGGAAUGGGAAAUAUCUUGCGGUGAAUAAGAAGGUGUUUAUCGUUGGGUCUGAUCGUUCAACAAACCUAACCAAAAUCGCCUCACACCACCACCCCCACUCCGCCAUAGUAGCAGACACCCUCUCCCUCCCCCACCCGGCAGGAACCUUUGACUUUGCCAUUUCCAUAGCUGUAAUCCAUCACCUCUCGACCCCCGCCCGACGCAUCGAGGCUGUAAAAGCUGUGCUGGAAAUCUUACGCCAGCCAUCAAAUCUCACCGCCCAAGAUGGCGGCAAAGCACUCAUCUACGUAUGGGCGCUGGAGCAAAAAGACAGUCGCAGGGGCUGGGAUGAGGGGCAUGAGCAGGACGUUAUGGUGCCGUGGGUUUUGAAACAGAAGAAGGAGAAGAAGGGUAGGCAGAGGAAAGGAGAGGUUGCUAAGAGUGAAGAGGUGGAUGGGCAAGGAGAGGAGGGUGGGGAUAAGACGUUCUUGAGAUAUUAUCACUUGUAUAGGAAGGGGGAGCUUGAGGAUGAUGUCAGAGAGGCUGGAGGGGUGGUGGUGGAGUCGGGGUAUGAAAAGGAUAAUUGGUGGGCUAUUGUGACUAGGUAGCCAUCUGUGAUUCCUACUCUACUUGACCUCUGCAACGCCGAGUCCUCUCAGGCUUCGGAUGAUGAUCGAAUGCACUCUAUCAGGUGGUACAAUAGUACAUGGCCCUUGUGUGUUGUGAUUUUGCGCAGGU